UUUCAUGUCGGCAAACGACAAUCGUAUUCGGAACAAAUUUUGUCCUUUUGAAGACAUGAUUCGCUACAAAUCGUAGGGAAACUGCUCGAAUACACCAAUGGCGGGAAGCGUCGAGUCGGCUUGCGUCGUGCAAGUAAAUAACAUGAAUCAUUUACAGCGAAUGAUCGACAUCAGUGCCACGAAUUUGGACGGCCUUCGUACACAAUGCACCACUUCAAGCGAUCUGAUUCAGCAAGAAAUUCGCGAUCAGGAGGCAAAACUUGUGAGGUUGUUCUCGCGCAUGCUCGAAGCUCGUCAGCAGAUCGAAGCUCAGUGUACAAACUACUUUGAUUAUCAUCAAUAUCCACGACUUGAGCAAUGGCUCAACGUCGUCGGGAUCGCUUCAUGCGGAGUAAAGGCUAUAUUGGAGAGAUAUGGAAGCUUCGGCAGCCUCCUGGCCGCUCCUGAAAAUCAGUUACGAGAUGUUCUUGUCAAAUGUGACGCAAAUAGUGACGAUGCCUGGAAACUAAUCUCAGCUCUGAGUCACUUACGAAAGCUAACAGAGCAACGUAAAGAAGGUCGCAAGGAAGGAAUGAAGGACGAAAAGACAAACUCGUAUUCCUGGUCUUACGGCAAGGAAAAUAGUGUCCAACAUAACUCGACCAGUUCUUCGUCCCAGUCUUCGAUUACAAACACGGACGACGCUCCUUUGACACCAGGCUCCGAUCGCGGCGUGGAGCAAGCCAUCAGUCCCAGGAAGUCGCCAAAACCCAUGAAAAGAAGUAAAUCCGAAGAUCUAGCGGGGAAACCAAAUAUUGAUCCACUUCCUCCUGGAGGAAGUCUGGGGAAGAAUAGAGGCAAGAAUCUGUGGAUAACAUUGCCACACAGUGGGAGCGUUGAUCACCUGAGCGGCGAAAGAAACGACGACAAUAAUCAUAAUAACAACUUAUCCAGCUCUCCAAAGACACCAACGAGAAUUAAUCUUGGCGACAUGCAUAAAUUCUCACAGAAGCACAUGAUGCUUGGCCAUUGUGAUUUUUGCAAGAAACAAAUAUUCCGUGGAGUCAAGUGCAAAAAAUGCGGAUUGAAAUUUCACAGAAAUUGUUGCAAGAACGGUUUACCAAUGUACGGCUGUAGGUUCGUGCAUAUGGCGAGGAGUAUGGAGAGAAACAACAAGUUCUAUGGUUCGUUACCAUCUCGCGUCCGGCCGAAACGAGCGAAUUCCGAGCCUUCAAAUAUCAACAACUCCGUUGAAACCCCCCGGUUACCUAUGAACACGAGUCACGGGGACCUCUUUCAAAACUCCGUUGUCCAUCGAACGAGGGGGUACGGUGAACCCCCACCUAGUUUACCGUAUUCGCCACAUCUUUUUGACCCGGUCUUCUCCGGGGACAACGCAUCGUCGUCGGCGUCCACACCCCAACCCUCCCCUCCCCCCUCGGGGUACAUACCCGUACCAGCCUCCGCACCGCCACAAGGUGACUUCGAAACGUCCGACCGACAAACUAUUACCAGCAGGUCAUUCCGACGGCGGAAAGGCUUGGGUAUUUUUGUUUUCGACAACGUUACUAUUGAUGUUGCAGACAGCGAUAAUGAGCAAGCAGAGAGUCCGCUGGCUAGGUCAGACAGCAUACAGUCAACGCAAAGCAAUGCAACAAUUACUGACUCGGGGGGUUCAGACGACGAUGCUCCAGGCGUUGACAGUAUUGAAAGUCAGAUAUCGGAUUAUGAUUCGGAAAAGAGUAUUCUCAAAUUUAAGACAUGGAGUCAUUUAUCGGAAUGGACGGUAAACUUCAACGACAUAGAACUCGGAGACUGUAUUGGCAAGGGAAGAAUUGGUGAGGUUUACAGAGGCAACUGGCAUGGCCAGGUCGCUGUGAAAGUUAUCGACAUCAAGGAACCGACCGCAAUACAACUGCAGGCAUUUAAAAUGCAGGUACAAACAUUCCGGAAGACAAGACAUGAGAAUCUCGUGCUCUUUAUGGGUGCAUGUAUGGAACCUCCGAAACUUGCGAUUAUUACGAGUUUGUGCAAAGAUCACCAUCUGUACAAGAGAGUUCAUCUGUUUAAAGAAACAUUACCAGUCAAUAAAGUUAUGUUGAUCUUGAAGCAAAUUGCGCAGGCAAUGAGUUACCUUCAUUCUCGUGGAAUAGUUCAUGCGGAUCUGAAGAGUAAAAACAUUUUCUUCGAAAACGACAGUAAAAUUGUCAUAACAGACUUCGGACACUUCAGACUUGCCGCAGGACUCAGUGUGGAACAAACAAGGCAAGGUACAGUUAAAUUUCCUUACGGUUGGAUCUACUAUCUCGCUCCUGAAAUCGUCAAAUCGUUAUCCCCGAGUCAGAAGCUGCAUCGAAGGUUGUUCACGAAGCAGUCGGAUGUCUUUGCUUUCGGUACCGUAUGUUAUGAGCUUUUGGCGUGUUCUUGGCCGUUCAAUGAAUAUCCUCUGGAAGCAAUUGUGUAUCAAGUUGGUAAGGGCAGGAAACAAUCUCUCAGUAAACUGGACGUCGCAAGAGAAAUGAAGGACUUAAUAAACCAUUUUUGGUCGUACUACCCUAACAAGAGAUCCGAUUUUAAAUUGAUCUCGAAAAUCUUGGAGAAAAUCCCAAUGACAAAAGGCCGAUUGUACCGCAGCCCUUCUCAGCCGGUCACGCACAUGCUGAGGGCGGUUGAGGCCGACUUUUAGAUCUUUCCUUGUCAAUUUCCUGACGAUAAUUCGUAUUUUAAUCGGGAUGGUGGGAUGUGUAAUGUAUUUACUUCGUACAUAUGCAACUUGGGUUUCAGUCCCCUUCGCGGUUCGGCCAGCGAGCUGCGUAUAUACCUGGAGUGAGAACUUGUGUCUACAUCGUUGGGCCAAAGUCAGUGAACUCAAUUCGUACUGAACUAAAACUUCAUCUGGCUUUUUUAUAAGGUUUCUUACUCCACUUAUAUAUAUGGAGGUCAAUGGUCUUGCGUCCUUUCACAAUAAUCCAAAUUUUGAAAUGAGGAUUUUUAGUCGACAACAGGGGGGAGCACACACACUGUUUUUUCAUCCGAAGUUUAGCAUAUAAACUAUGAGAUUAUGUCACUUGAAAGUGUAAGAACUUCACAUUUGGAUGGCAAAUCUAGCUUGGACUCUUAGACCCUUGUGUAUAUUAGAAAUCGAAAAAGGCUUUUAGGCUUGUUUCUUUAUAUCAGACGCAAAGCUAUCGCCUCUGUGAUAUCAGAAAAGAUUUUGUGAAUUUCGUCAAUCGAUUGUCUCUUGUUCUGCUUGAAGAUUUCUCGUGCGUUUACAGCAACCUGAUUCUCUAUAAAAGCUUCGCAAAUAUACAUCAAAUAUACAUAAAGUUAUAUAUCGGUGUUUCUUUCAAACCAUGCGUUCAAAUAUUUCCAAAUCCAUUCGAGUAAAAGUGAUGUUUAACUAGACUAUUUCAAGUCACAUAACACAUCGUUGCAUGAUAAAACAAAAUGACUGUGUGAGGGAGGCCUGGCCUCAUUUUGACGAGUUUAUUUCGCUGUAUGCUGUCCUAUUUUUUUCAACAAAGGCAUAUUUCUCAACUUAAGAAGGCAUGUUGAUAGCGAGACAUAGAUAUGCAUGCUGGGCAUAUCAAGCAAGUUCUUUCGAAAGAUUUCAAAAAGAAAACUUGAACAUUUUAACGUUGCCAUUGCGACCGAUUUAAACCCGCAAACCCCUUUACCAACAUGCAACAACAACGGCAACAAAGCUUGGCUCGUAAACCCCAUGGCGGUCUCUGCAAUUUUCAAAAACAUCUUCCAACCCAUGUAAAGUCGCAGAACAGGAGACAUUUGACUGCUGAUAUAUGCGUGUAUGGGUAAAUUUAAUUUAGGGCACGAAUAUUUUAUAACCUACAAUUGAGCACAAUGUUUUUUAUACCGUAUGAUAUUUGGUGAUUUUUUUUAGUUUUUCCUUAUUUAUUACAGUGUACAUAGUCUAAAUCAAACAAUUUUUGUAAUAUUUGUCAUCGGAAGGAAAUUUCGAAUGUCUUGUAAUAUCAAGCGGUUGCCCUCGCCAAUUCGUCGUCAUGUUUUUUUCAUCAUCGUUUUUCAUAGGCUAAUUUAGGAGACAAAACCCUGGCGCCGGUUGUUCAAAGGCCGGUUAGCUUAACCCUGGGUUAAAGCAAAUCUUUACACCAAUUUUUUUUUAAUCGCUUCUUUACAAAGUUGAUUUCACUCAUCAAUAAUCACCGACGAUAAUAGUGAGCUUAAGCAAGCGACGUUUUUGACAACGCAAACAGCAUGAGUAACGCCAAAAGACUGGGUCAAGGAUUGUGAUUGGUGAAAAAUAAAAACUUUACUUCCGGUCAAAAACAUCACUUGCUUAAGCUCACUAAUACUUUGUCGACGUCGGCGUCAUAUGGUUACCAGGCUUAAACAGAAAUGAGGUCAAAAUUACCAUUAAUUGCGCCCUGACAAACCUAUCGUGAGACCAUAUAGCCUUUCAGAAAAAAAUCUCAGUAGAAUUCCUCUUUAAC